ACGCGUAAGACGUAAGAGUGGUUGCACAGACACCGGUUACAUAGGGCUUGGUGCGGCGUGUCCUUGGGAGCAGAGAGAUCAGAGUGUUCCACGGUGCAGAGCGGACGGGACUCGCAGCUUUAGGAAUUUAACAAUGGCAGAUGUGGAAAAGGGAAAGAAGGUCUUUGUCCUGAAAUGCUCACAGUGCCACACUAUUGAUCAAGGAGGCAAGCACAAAGUUGGUCCUAAUCUGCAUGGACUGUUUGGGCGCAAGACUGGCCAGGCGCCAGGCUUUAGUUACACUGAUGCUAAUAAAAAUAAAGGUAUUGUCUGGAGUGAGGAGACCCUAAUGGAAUACCUGGAGAACCCCAAAAAGUACAUCCCUGGGACAAAAAUGAUCUUUGCCGGUAUCAAGAAGAAGUCAGAAAGACAAGAAUUAAUAGCUUAUCUCAAAAGCGCCUCCUCCUCUUAAUUUCUGUAUCUGUUGCCUUAUUUAUUUUGCAGACAAAUUGCUUGUGAUGAGAUGCUUUUACAUUUUAUAUAUAUAUAUUUUAUUUGUACUGUCCAUCUCCCUACCUCCUUUUAGAUUCUCAUCAGCCAGCAAUUGUACAACGAUCACUAAAAUUAAUUUGGCCGUUUAAGACUCUUCAGUGUCACUUUUUCGAUCCAAGUGUUUGGUGCUGCUAAAUGAUAUGGAGGCUGUUUUGGCAAAUAAAGUAAUGAUUCUGUUCACA